GGCGCGCGGCCACUCCGCGCUUGCGCAGGAGCGGCGGGAGGCUCGGGUUGCGGGCUCCGGGCGCUUGCUCCUGUCAGUCGGUGGGUCGGUCCUCUCGCCGGCCCUCCCCCUCCGCGUCCUCCGGGGGAGGCGCGGCGGAGUCCGCCCCCGGGAUCCCCCGAUGGGGGAGAAGCGGCGACAGCGGCAGCGGAAUAACCGAGCCGGAGCUUGAGCGGCCCCGGGGCCCGGCUGCCCGCGGAGGCCAUGGGCGACCCAGCCCCCGCCCGCAGCCUGGACGACAUCGACCUGUCCGCCCUGCGGGACCCUGCUGGAAUCUUUGAGCUGGUGGAGGUGGUCGGCAAUGGAACAUACGGACAGGUGUACAAGGGUCGGCAUGUCAAGACUGGGCAGCUGGCUGCCAUCAAGGUCAUGGACGUCACGGAGGACGAGGAGGAGGAGAUCAAACAGGAGAUCAACAUGCUGAAGAAGUACUCGCACCACCGCAACAUUGCCACCUACUACGGGGCCUUCAUCAAGAAGAGCCCGCCCGGGAACGACGACCAGCUCUGGCUGGUGAUGGAGUUCUGCGGCGCAGGCUCCGUGACGGACCUGGUAAAGAACACGAAGGGGAACGCCCUGAAGGAAGACUGCAUCGCCUACAUCUGCCGGGAGAUCCUGCGGGGUCUGGCCCAUCUCCACGCUCACAAGGUGAUCCAUCGGGACAUCAAGGGGCAGAACGUGCUGCUGACAGAGAAUGCCGAGGUCAAGCUAGUGGAUUUCGGGGUGAGUGCCCAGCUGGACCGCACCGUGGGCAGGCGGAACACUUUCAUCGGGACCCCCUACUGGAUGGCCCCAGAGGUCAUCGCCUGUGACGAGAACCCCGACGCCACCUACGAUUACCGGAGUGACAUUUGGUCUCUAGGAAUCACAGCCAUCGAGAUGGCAGAGGGGGCCCCCCCUCUGUGCGACAUGCACCCCAUGCGAGCCCUCUUCCUCAUCCCACGGAACCCACCCCCCAGACUCAAGUCCAAGAAAUGGUCUAAGAAGUUCACCGACUUCAUCGACACAUGUCUUAUCAAGACGUACCUGAGCCGCCCGCCUACAGAGCAGCUGCUCAAGUUCCCCUUCAUCCGCGACCAGCCCACCGAACGCCAGGUCCGCAUCCAGCUCAAGGACCACAUAGACCGCUCCCGGAAGAAGCGAGGCGAGAAGGAGGAGACCGAGUAUGAGUACAGCGGCAGCGAGGAGGAGGACGACAGCCACGGAGAGGAAGGCGAGCCCAGCUCCAUCAUGAAUGUGCCCGGGGAGUCCACGCUGCGCCGGGAAUUCCUGCGGCUGCAGCAGGAGAACAAGAGCAACUCGGAGGCCGUGAAGCAGCAGUUGCAGCAGCAGCAGCUCCAGCAGCAGCGCGACCCUGAGGCACACAUCCAGCACCUGCUGCACCAGCGCCAGCGCCGCAUCGAGGAGCAGAAGGAGGAGCGGCGGCGCGUGGAGGAGCAACAGCGGCGGGAGCGGGAGCAGCGGAAGCUGCAGGAGAAGGAGCAGCAGCGGCUGGAGGACAUGCAGGCCCUGCGGCGGGAGGAGGAGCGGCGGCAGGCGGAGCGCGAGCAGGAGUAUAUCCGUCACAGGCUAGAGGAGGAGCAGCGACAGCUCGAGAUCCUCCAGCAACAGCUGCUCCAGGAACAGGCCCUGCUGCUGGAGUACAAGCGGAAGCAGCUGGAGGAGCAGCGGCAGUCGGAGCGGCUCCAGCGGCAGCUGCAGCAGGAGCACGCCUACCUCAAGUCCCUCCAGCAGCAGCAGCAGCAGGGCCUGCCCGCGGACAGGAAGCCGCUCUAUCACUACGGCCGCGGCGUCGCUGCCGCCGACAAGCCGGCUUGGGCCCGGGAGGUGGAGGAGAGAACGAGGAUGAACAAGCAGCAGAACUCCCCCUUGGCCAAGACCAAGCCAGGCAGCACGGGGCCCGAGACCCCCCUCCCCCAGGCCGCCCCUGGGCCCCCAGGCCCCCUUUCCCAAACCCCUCCUAUGCAGAGGCCGGUGGAGCCCCAGGAGGGACCGCACAAGAGCCUGGUGGCGCACCGGGUCCCACUGAAGCCAUAUGCAGCGCCUGUACCCCGAUCCCAGUCCCUGCAGGACCAACCCACCCGAAACCUGGCUGCCUUCCCAGCCGCCCAUGAGCCCGACCCUGCCAUCCCCACGCCCAGUGCCACGCCCAGCGCCCGAGGAGCCGUCAUCCGCCAGAACUCAGAUCCCACCUCCGAAGGGCCUGGCCCCAGCCCGAGCCCCCCAGCCUGGGUCCGGCCGGAUUCUGAGGCCCCACCCAAGGUGCCUCAGAGGACCUCCUCCAUCGCUGCUGCCCUCAACACCAGUGGGGCCGGAGGGACCCGGCCCGCUCAGGCUGUCCGCGCCAGACCUCGCAGCAACUCCGCCUGGCAAAUCUAUCUGCAAAGGCGGGCAGAGCGGGGCACCCCCAAGCCUCCAGGGCCCCCUGCUCAGCCCCCUGGCCCGCCCAACGCCUGUAGCAACCCCGACCUCAGGAGGAGCGACCCUGGCUGGGAGCGACCGGAAGGUGCCCUUCCGUCUCACGGGCACCUCCCACAGGCCGGCUCGCUGGAGCGGAACCGCGUGGGAGCCUCCUCCAAACUGGACAGCUCCCCCGUGCUCUCCCCCGGGAACAAAGCCAAGCCCGACGACCACCGCUCCCGGCCAGGCCGGCCAGCAAGCUAUAAGCGUGCCAUCGGUGAGGAUUUCGUGCUGUUGAAAGAGCGAGCCCUGGACGAGGCCCCGCGGCCUCCCAAGAAGGCCAUGGACUACUCAUCCUCCAGUGAGGAGGUCGAAAGCAGUGAAGAUGAGGAGGAAAGCAACGGCGAGCCCUCCGAGGGGAGCAGAGAUACCCCCGGGGCCCGCGACGGAGACACCGACAGUGUCAGCACCAUGGUGGUCCACGACGUGGAGGAGAUGGCCGGGACCCAGACCCCCUAUGGGGGCGGCACCAUGGUGGUCCAGCGCACCCCCGAGGAGGAGCGCGGCCUGCUACACGCGGACAGCAAUGGCUACACCAACCUUCCCGACGUCGUCCAGCCCAGCCACUCGCCCACGGAGAGUGGCAAAGGCCAAAGCCCCCCCUCGAAGGACGGAGGCAGCGAUUACCAGUCUCGUGGGCUGGUAAAGGCCCCUGGCAAGAGCUCAUUCACCAUGUUUGUGGACCUAGGGGUCUACCAGCCCGGAGGCAGUGGGGACACCAUCCCCAUCACAGCCCUGGUAGGGGGAGAGGGUGGCCGGCUGGAUCAGCUCCAGUACGACGUCCGGAAAGGGUCCGUGGUCAACGUGAACCCCACCAACACCCGUGCCCACAGCGAGACCCCUGAGAUUCGGAAGUACAAGAAGCGGUUCAAUUCAGAGAUCCUCUGUGCGGCCCUUUGGGGUGUCAACCUGUUGGUGGGCACGGAGAACGGCCUGAUGCUGCUGGACCGCAGUGGCCAGGGCAAGGUGUACGGGCUCAUCGGGCGGCGGCGCUUCCAGCAAAUGGACGUGCUAGAAGGUCUCAACCUGCUCAUCACCAUCUCAGGGAAAAGGAACAAACUGCGGGUUUAUUACCUGUCUUGGCUCCGGAACAAGAUUCUGCACAACGACCCGGAUGUGGAGAAGAAGCAGGGCUGGACCACCGUGGGGGACAUGGAGGGCUGCGGGCACUACCGCGUGGUGAAAUACGAGCGCAUUAAGUUCCUGGUCAUCGCCCUGAAGAGCUCCGUGGAGGUGUACGCCUGGGCUCCCAAGCCCUACCACAAGUUCAUGGCCUUCAAGUCCUUCGCCGACCUCCCUCACCGCCCUCUGCUGGUCGACCUGACCGUCGAAGAGGGUCAGCGGCUCAAGGUCAUCUAUGGCUCCAGCGCCGGCUUCCAUGCGGUGGACGUGGACUCGGGGAACAGCUACGACAUCUACAUCCCCGUGCACAUCCAGAGCCAGAUCACGCCCCACGCCAUUAUCUUCCUCCCCGACACCGACGGCAUGGAGAUGCUGCUCUGCUACGAGGACGAGGGCGUCUACGUGAACACCUAUGGGCGGAUCAUUAAGGACGUGGUGCUGCAGUGGGGAGAGAUGCCCACCUCCGUGGCCUACAUCUGCUCCAACCAGAUCAUGGGCUGGGGCGAGAAAGCCAUUGAGAUCCGCUCGGUGGAGACGGGCCACCUGGACGGCGUCUUCAUGCACAAACGGGCCCAGAGGCUCAAGUUCCUGUGCGAGCGGAAUGACAAGGUGUUCUUCGCCUCAGUCCGCUCUGGGGGCAGCAGCCAGGUUUACUUCAUGACACUGAACCGGAACUGCAUCAUGAACUGGUGACGGGACAGCCACCUCCGCAGCCGGACCCCCCCAGGCCGCCCUCCUUUCCCCUCCCUGGGCUUUUGCUUUUGACUGGUUUGAUUCACUGGAGCCUGCUGGGAACGUGACCUCUGACCCCUGAUGCUUUUGUGAUCACGUGACCAUCCUGUUUCUCCCCCCCCCCCCCGUUUGUUCUCUCCCCAAAACUGUGCCUGUCCCAAUUCCAGGGAGAGGCACGGCUUCCCCUUAUCAGGAAUCCAGAGGGCCGAGCCCCACCCCCCUUUUCUCCACUUCCGAGGAGAGUGCUCGGGGCGGGCACCCGUACCCCACUGCUGCUGACCGGGCAGGGCCCUGGGCCCCUUCAUUUGCACGUCAGGGGAGCCGGCUCCCCCCCUUGAAUGUACCAGACCCUGGGGGGGGGUCACUGGGCCCUAGGUUUCAGGGGGGUCGCCCGCCACUCCAGGGGCAGGGACCAUUUCCUCAUUUUCUGAAAGCACUUUAAUGAUUCCCCUCCCCCCAAACCCCAGGGAAUGGAGGGGGGACCCCCGCCAGCCAAAACAUUUCCCCCUUUCCAACCACUUUUCUUUCUAGCCUCUGUCCUUCCCUGGUGGAGGGAGGGAGUGGGGAGCUCUCGCUCCCCCCUGCACCCCCUUGCUUGCCUCUGUAUAUAGUGUGAGCAGCAAGUAGCCCUGCCCCGCCCCCCCUCAAUGUAGUGGCCUUGGAUAUCCCGUUUGUUAAUAAAGACAAUUCAACCAGCUCCUACCA